CAAGAUUCCUGUAGAUAGUCGAUCCAUGGAUUUGAUCCCAAGACUCAGAUAGUUGACCGUAAAAAACUGCUGCAUUUUAGUGAAGAAGCAUCAACGAUUUAUUCUGCGCCACAAAUGCCGACAAGGAACGUUUAUGUGCGCAGUUCGACAUUACGCACAUUACGUGUCAUUCUUGGUGUCAUUAGUGUUUUUAUAUACCUUGUUACGUGUGUUGGGAUAGAGCAAGGGAUAGAGCGGUUUGCUGCGUGUUUUUGUUUUUCUUGCAACGUAGUUCAACAUCGUUGGUUGUUACGAAUCGGCAUUAAGUAUUAAAUUGGUUAACUCUCGCUGGAACCAUGGGAAAGGGUUUUAAUAACUACAUGUGCAAGAAGUUUUUCCACCCUGGCUCCAUAGACAAUUUGAAGAGAGUAUGGAUGGCUCAACAGAAAACAGAUGCUGAAAAGAAGAAGCAGGAAGAACUUAAGGCACAGUAUGAUAAAGAGCAGGAAUUGUACAACAACAAAGCUCUUCUUGCGAAGGGAGAGAACAAGGAAAAGCUGAGCUUGAACUUCAUGUACGAGCCUCCAGCUGGUAUGAAAAAGGAACGAGAACGUGAGGACGGGGAACCAGAGUACAAAUUCGAGUGGCAGAGAAAGUAUAAUGGCCCAAGGGAAAGCUAUCUCUCGAAAGAUGAUGACACCAUACGUGACCAGCCAUUUGGUAUCCAGGUGAGAAACGUGAGAUGCAUCAAGUGCAAGAAGUGGGGUCACAUCAACACUGACAAAGAAUGUGAACUCUACACAGCUCCAUGGGAACUUACCAAUCCCACAACUUCAACUGACCCUCUUGAACUGAUGCAAGGGAUGCGAGAUAAUGGGCUUGCUCUGAAAGCUGGUGUUGUUGAAGGGACGGAGCAGAUCCCUGCCCAUCAGCUUGUGGCAUCAGAUGAUGGAGAAAGUGAGGAAGAGACUGAGGAGAUGAAGUUUAUCAAGUCCCUUUCUCAGAAAGACAAACUCAAACUGCUCAAAAAGCUGUCCAAGCUUCAAAAGAAGAAAAAGAAGAAGCAGAAAAAGAAGUCGAAGUCUAAGAAAAGCUCAUCUGAUUCAGACUCAUCAUCUGAAGAUGACAACAGCAAGGACAAAGUGAAGAGUGGAAGGAAGAAGCACUCUUCUCGUUAUUCUGAGGACAGUCAUGAUCGGGCUCGCAACAAGCGGAGACACCACUCUGAAGACAGGGACAAUGACCAUAAAAGAAGCAGGAGGGAGUCCGAUAAGGGGGAGGAUGGCAAAAGGCAUGGUCAUAGACGUGAGCAUGAGGAAGCAUACAUAAAACAGGAGGGUGAAAAACACAGAAGAGGUUCUCAUAGAUCAUAUGAUGAUAGUGAAAGGCAUCAUCACAGAAGGACAGUCAAAAAAGAAAGGGAUGAAGAAAAAGGUCACAAACAUUCUGAAAGAAGUAGGUCUGACUCUAAAAGAGGAUCUCACAAGCAGAGGUGAGCACAGAAAAAAGCAAGAUACUCUGAACAAUGAAUCACUUUGCUGGAGUAAAUGGCUUGUAAGGUGGUUUUCAGAUAAAAUGUGCUGAAAUUCAGGUACAUUUUUUCAGAAGAAUGUGUCACUUUGUCAGCUGAGCAAAUGAUGUAGUGUUGUUGUUUUGUAUCACUUGAUGUAAUUUUGUGUGAGUUAGGCUCUGGGCAAUGUCUUGUUGCAUUUCUUCAUGUAGGACACUUGCAGCAGCAUCACUAAACUGUGAAUCAACAGUGGACAGGUUGUGUCAUGUGUGUAUGGACCUAUGAAUAUGGUGCUGAAAACAUUGGUCUGUGUAAGGUGUGCUGAGAUUAAGUCAAGACCACCAGUGUAAGAAUAUAAAUGUCAGACCUGUCUCUGGCAUUUUUAGUGUAGCUAAUGUUUUGUAAUAGUACUUGCAUUUCCAGUGCUCAUUACUCAUGCAUCUCACAUGCAUGGUGUAGUAUUGUGUUCUACACAUGCAAAGUGUUAGUUGUGACUUGUGAAUACACUAGGAAGUCA